AAUAAUAAUAAUAAUAAUAAUAAUAAUAAUAAUAAUAAUAAUAAUAAUAAUAAUAAUAAUAAUAAUAAUAAUAAUAAUAAUAAUAAUAAUAAUAAUAAUAAUAAUAAUAAUAAUAAUAAUAAUAAUAAUAAUAAUAAUAAUAAUAAUAAUAAUAAUAAUAAUAAUAAUAAUAAUAAUAAUAAUAAUAAUAAUAAUAAUAAUAAUAAUAAUAAUAAUAAUAAUAAUAAUAAUAAUAAUAAUAAUAAUAAUAAUAAUAAUAAUAAUAAUAAUAAUAAUAAUAAUAAUAAUAAUAAUAAUAAUAAUAAUAAUAAUAAUAAUAAUAAUAAUAAUAAUAAUAAUAAUAAUAAUAAUAAUAAUAAUAAUAAUAAUAAUAAUAAUAAUAAUAAUAAUAAUAAUAAUAAUAAUAAUAAUAAUAAUAAUAAUAAUAAUAAUAAUAAUAAUAAUAAUAAUAAUAAUAAUAAUAAUAAUAAUAAUAAUAAUAAUAAUAAUAAUAAUAAUAAUAAUAAUAAUAAUAAUAAUAAUAAUAAUAAUAAUAAUAAUAAUAAUAAUAAUAAUAAUAAUAAUAAUAAUAAUAAUAAUAAUAAUAAUAAUAAUAAUAAUAAUAAUAAUAAUAAUAAUAAUAAUAAUAAUAAUAAUAAUAAUAAUAAUAAUAAUAAUAAUAAUAAUAAUAAUAAUAAUAAUAAUAAUAAUAAUAAUAAUAAUAAUAAUAAUAAUAAUAAUAAUAAUAAUAAUAAUAAUAAUAAUAAUAAUAAUAAUAAUAAUAAUAAUAAUAAUAAUAAUAAUAAUAAUAAUAAUAAUAAUAAUAAUAAUAAUAAUAAUAAUAAUAAUAAUAAUAAUAAUAAUAAUAAUAAUAAUAAUAAUAAUAAUAAUAAUAAUAAUAAUAAUAAUAAUAAUAAUAAUAAUAAUAAUAAUAAUAAUAAUAAUAAUAAUAAUAAUAAUAAUAAUAAUAAUAAUAAUAAUAAUAAUAAUAAUAAUAAUAAUAAUAAUAAUAAUAAUAAUAAUAAUAAUAAUAAUAAUAAUAAUAAUAAUAAUAAUAAU